CAACAAAUAUCGGUGAUGGGUCAUCGUCAUAAUCGCCACCAUCACCCGGCUGCUCAUGAUCGGCAACUCGCUCGACUCAUUUUACCUACCGUAACGCCAGCUGUAUGUUCGCCGCCCCGACAUUUUGGUCAUCGGCAAAUCCUGCACUGGGUGCUCGUUGCUUUGAUCUUGCUUCUAAUUAACUCAAGCCAUGGACUGGAACAACUCUCAGCAGGCCUACAGGAACCUCAAGCUGAUCAGCAACCGCUUCCACCAACACUUUCGUUCACCUCCACCGUCAGUCCUACACUUCCACCGUGCGAACAGCGGGCGCUGGACGAGAUCCCACCCGAUCCUUUCUACGAUGUCUCGGACAUUACGAUUGGAGCAGCGAAGUCAUUCGCCGACUUCCUCGCUGGCCGCAAGAUAGAUGGCACGGCCCGGGAUGAUCGUAAGUUUGUUAUCGCGCGCGAGAAGGCCAACGAGCUGGCUAACGGUGUAUUGAAACAGGACGAUGGAUUGCUGCUGGCCGUUGGCAUCGCAUCACCACGACUUCCUCUGGCCGUGGUACAGUUCCGCGAUCAGAUCGACAGCGCACACGUCAAUCUAUCAGAGAGCAAGAACUUCCUGUCGACUUACUGGCGUGAGCUGGGUAUUGCCUGGAAUCAAAGCAAUGGUGCUCAGUUCUGGGGCACUCCGUUCCGCGAUUGCGGACCGCUCUAUGGACGGUGGCUUUGGCCGUACAGUGUUACCGUUGAAUCACAGGGAUACAAAAUCGUUGCUUCGGCGUUUAUCGCAGCGGACGUGGAUCAGUGCAACGAUGCGUUGGAAUCGAUUUUUGGCCGCCGCCAUGUUUGCGAUCGUGAGUCCACAUUCUGCCUGCUGUCGGAGCUGGACGCAUCCAAACCUCGGGGCAAAUAUACGUGCGUCUGCCGACCUGGCUACUACAUUCCCAACGAAUCGAUACAGGGUUUUUCGUCUGAGAAGAGCGAUGGUAACAUUACAAACUUUAGCUGCAUUCCGUGCCCAAGUGCAUGCGAGUGUGAUUCGGCCGGUAGCUGCAGCAGCCCGGACGAAGACUUUAGCACCGAAACACUCAUGAAGGCGACGAUCGGUGCUAUCUUAGGAGCUUGUAUGCUUUGUUGUUUAGUGUUAGCGUUAAUUGUGUUCCGUCAGCGGAAGUGCAAGACUAUUGCCACCGGGAUGUGGACCAUUUUAGAAACAAUUUUAUUCGGCAUUUUACUUCUAUAUUUAGCGGUUGCUCUACACUUUCUGCAGGCAUCGACAUUGCGGUGCUUGCUAGAACCGUGGUGCCGUGAGCUGGGCUUCAUCAUUUGCUACGGUGCGAUCGUGCUCAAACUGUACCGUCACCUGGUGGAGUUCCGCACCAGAAAAGCUCAUCGAUGGGUUGUGAGAGAUCUCGAUCUGUUGCGCUACUUGUGCGCCAUGAUCGUCGCGGUGCUAUGCUAUCUGGCCGCCUUUACCGCGACCAGUCUCGACUUUCUUCAGUACAGUGAGCUGGUUUGGCAGAUGGACCAACCGCAGUCGAUGGACGCGGAGCAGGUUGCAUCCAACAUGUGCCGCCCACUUCGCUGGGAUUACGUCACCGAGGCCGGCGAACUGUUGAUACUGGGCUUCGGGCUACAGUUGGCCAUCGCUAGCCGUAAUGCCAAUACACAAUUUCGGGAGCGACAAUUCUUAGUAGCAUCCAUAUUGAUCGAGUUUCUCGUCUCGUCCACAUUCUACAUACUGCGCUUCUGGUAUUUGGAGGAAUUCAAUCCGUCUACACUGUUCUUAGCCCUGUUCGUGCGCUCGCAACUGACCAACACCGUGACGUUGGGCUUGAUAUUUCUCCCUAAGCUAUGGUACCAACACAAACAGGUUCGUUCCCUUGCCCAUGACGUAUCAUUCCGCUUACCUGUGGAUGCUUUCAAGGGUGCACAUGAGAGUACACACCAUGGCGGGGCACUCGGCACGUACGCCGGCAUCUGCAUGGGUGACCCGGAGGUUGGCGACGUCACAAUAUCGGAGAUGAGUCCCGAGGAUAUCAGAGCCGAGCUGAAAAGACUGUACACACAACUAGAAUAUUUAAAAAAUAAAACCCUUCGUCAAGACAAUCCUCACAUAAGCAAGCGAAGGGGAGGAAGAAAGGUGGCCCAUCGGAGGUUCUCACUCCAGAAAAAAGGAAGCCGAGAAAAGGCACUGAGCGCUAAGCACCGCAACAAUCGUCCAGCGGUGAGCGAGGUGGAGGUGACCGAGGCCGAACCGUCCCGUACGCCCGAGGAUAGCGUGUGCAGUGUCGAGGGCCCGACCGACACCGGUACCGGAACUGGCGAGAUUUCCGGCAUUUCCAUCUCCAAAUAG